AUGGACAACUUUGGUCAGGUUCUAAGGGAGGUCCGGAAGCAAGUCGAUCUCUAUGCCGGUAAAGGCGAAACCAUCGGCAUAACAGUGGCCGGCCACAGCCUGGGUGCGGCUUUGGCAACGAUCAAUGCGCUGGACAUCGUGACCAAUGGCUACAACGCGCCCAUCGACCACCCCGAGAAUGCCUGUCUGGUGACCGCGUUCCCCUUAGCCAGCCCCAAGGUCGGGGACGAGAACUUCCAGGCGACGUUCUCCUUAUAUUACCACGUCGGAGAACAGCUGCUGGUCGACUCGCACAAGUCCCCGGACCUGAAGCCUCUCUACAAGGGUCCGACUGGCGCCGUGGCAAUCGGGCAUAUGUUGGAGACGUGCCUGCAUCUAAUCGCGGGCACACAAGGCAUCGAUAGCAACGAAUUCAAUGUUGACAAGCGUCGCGGGAUUGAGCUGCUGAACAAGGGAAUGGAUGCUCUUAAGGAUGGAAGCAAAAUUCCGGCUAAUUGGUUGGUGGCGAAGAACAAGAACAUGGUCCAGGAUGAGGUCACUGGAGACUUGGAAAUUGGCCGAUCUGUACAUCCCACCUCACCAGAAGAUAAUUAG